GAUCAUGGUAAAUGGCCCAUGGAGAGGCUCCGCGCCUCCAGUUGGAAACGGGAGCACGCCACGUGAAAGUAGGAAGGGGAGGCUAUAGCCGGACCGACGUCGCUUCGUGCGCUUCAGUCGUUCGUGGACCUCGAAGGACGAUAGAGGAUUCGUCGUUCUUCGUGUUGAAGAAGAGGAAGAAGAGGAAGAAGAAGAAGAAGGAUCCUUUUCUCUCCUCAUCCUCUUAUUCAAGUUGCAAUUCUCUUAGGACGGCUCUUCCAGUUCUAUCGACUUCCUCGGUUAUCAAUUUUUUUCUUUUCCUUAAGACGUCAGAGAGACUAAAGGGAAGGAUGCAUCGACAGGUAUACCUCGUCGUUGGAGUCAUCUUCCUGGGCUAUCUUCAAGAUUAUGUGUCCGGCGCGUGUCCUCGGAUAUGUCCACCAAGCGGAGAGCCGGUAUGCGGCAGCGACGGUAUCAUAUAUGCUUCUCAGUGUGAAAUGCGGAAGAAAAUGUGUGGAAAGGGCGUGACUGUAGCGACGGAGAAAACAGCUUGCCUGAGGUCAUCGGGCAGCAAGUGCGAGCAUCGUUGUUCCGGCGAUCAAGAUCCGGUAUGCGGUACCGACGGUCGAACUUAUCUCAACAAGUGCAUGAUCAGAGUUGAAAUCUGUAGGGUGGGAAUCGAGCUCUCGCACCUUGGACCAUGCAACAAUAUUUCUGCUCACAGAGAAAACUGUCCGGUUUCGUGUGAUUUUGCACCACUCGAUGGUCCAGUAUGCGGUAGCGACGGCAACGUUUACAAGUCGACUUGUCAAAUGAAGUUACUAACUUGCGGACAAGGAGUUGUGCGUACGAACAAGAAACACUGCCAGACCACAAGACAUUGUCGUGAAUCGUGUUGGCGUGGUGCUAAGCCAGCUUGUGGUAGCGAUGGUAUCCUCUAUGCGAACACCUGCAAAAUGCGAGCUAAGAAUUGCGGAAAGCACGUGUUCGAGGUGCCAAUGUCAUUCUGUGUUUCGCGUGAACGGACAUCCGGAAGUCAGUCGAACGCGUGUCCGCUCGACUGUAGGCACGAGCCGGAAGUACCGAUCUGUGGAUCGGAUGGAAAUAUCUAUAGGAACGAAUGUGAAAUGCAGAUGCUCAACUGCGGGCAAGCUAGAAGAAAGGUGACCAUAGUGGACUUCGAGAAGUGUCGGUCACGUUUAACGAAGUGCAUGAAGCAACAGCAACGUUGUGGAAACGAAGUAGAUCCGGUCUGUGGAAGCGAUGCUAAUACAUAUCCAAAUCAAUGUCACCUGAACGUAGCGAUUUGUUUAAAGGGUAUCCAAUUGGCUCACGUUGGCGAAUGUACGACCUUGAAGGAAAUCGAAGAGUGUCCUGAAGAUUGCAACGAAGUGCCAGAGGAACCAGUUUGUGGAAGCGACGGGAACGUUUAUCGCUCGCUUUGCCACCUACGCCACGAGACAUGCGGUCAGAGGGUAGUACAAGUUCCCGCUCAGCACUGUCGUACUACAGCGCUUUGUAAUCAAAUCUGUAGUGGAGAACGUCAAUUCGUUUGCGGUUCCGACAACAAGCUUUAUCGUAACGAGUGUGAAAUGAAGAGAGACAAUUGCGGGAAACACGUGUACGUGGUACCAAUGAAAAGAUGCGUUCAAGGUUUCUUGUUCCGUGGCUGUCAAAAGAUUUGUCCACCAUAUUACGAUCCAGUUUGUGGCACCGACGGAAUGACCUAUAGCAAUGAGUGCUUCUUGGAAAUAGAAAAUUGUCGUAGUAGAAGCCUCGUCUCUAAAAAAUAUCACGGUGUGUGUGGUCAACCAACGGAAGAACCGAAAAAUUAUUUGUAUUAAUUCGACGUUCGAUCGAUGUUAAAUCAAUCGAUAGGUUGAUUGAGGAAAUCGAUUUGAAAACAAAAUAAUAAAAAAAAUUAUAAUAAUAA